AUUAAUUCUUUUUAAAACUUGGCAUGACCCUCCCAACUUCCGAAAUCUUAUGAAACCUCUCAUCACAUUAUAAUAAAACACCAAAAAACCCAAGAGAGAAUUUGAAGGGAAAAAAAAGUCCAUCUUGAGUUAAAAUUAUGGAUGAUUAUGAUCAAUUUGAUUAUGCUCAGGUAGAACACCUCUUACAUUUACUUUCUUCUUCUCCUCCUCCUCUUCCUCCUCCUCUGACGACGAAUUCAUCAGUUCCAUUGCAAACACAAAGCUGUAAUCUUGUCAAUACUCCUGUGCCUAAAAGGAAAGCUGCAAUCGCCAAUAUUGAUCAAGAUACUGGCAAAGGCAAACCCCCUAAAGAAAAAGAGAAUACUGAGAAGAAAGUCGUACGCAGAGAUGUUGAAAGGCAAAGAAGGCGCGAUAUGGCUCGCCUUUACCAGCGUUUACGCCUUCUUAUCCCUUCUAAAUAUCUCAUGGGAAAGAGAUCGAUAUCUGAUCAUCUAGAAGAGAUUGUGGAUUACAUAAAAGACAUGCGGAAGAACAUAGAGGAGCUGGAAAGUAAGAGAGAAAGAUUGAAAGAAAUGAGAAAUAUUUGUAGCUCUGAUCAUAACUCUCACUUGGAUGCACCAUCUUCCUCUAUGAAAAUUGAUGAUAAUCAGGAUCGAAUAAUUGUGAAAAAAUGUGAGCAAGGAGUGGAAAUUUCAGUGAUCAGUAAUUUGGGAGGAGGGUUGGCUCUUUCCAAAGUGCUAAGGGUUCUUAUGGAAGAACGGCUGCUUGUUAUUAGCUGUGUUUCCUCCAAAAUUAAUCAAAGGAGUCUUCACAUUAUUCAAUCUGAGGUGAAUUCAAGAGGAGAUAUUGAUCUAGGAAGGCUACAGUUCAAGUUGAUGAGUUUAUCUUAUAAAUUAUGAUAUUUUCCCCCUCUUAAUGGUUCCUUCAUUGUUUCAUUUAUUACUUUUUG